GGUGUCACGAGAGCGCCUUCUCGCCAAAGCAGUCCCGUUACCUCCAACUCCAAGUGAAGAAACUCAGGCUUCCUCGCCUCCAUCUCUACCUGGUUGGCGUGCCAUCUGGACCCGAUUCGUUUCGUCGGUAAGGAGACCCUAGCUUGCAUAGAUCCCACUUCGUCUUGAUCUUUCCUUUGCAGUGAAGUGUUAUCAAAUCAAAACGUGUGCCUCAUCUACGACAUCCGAUCCGACUUGACCCCAUCCGAUCGAGGCGGGAAGAAUCCACCCAUGCUUUUCUUUUGGUGCUUGUUCAGGGCAUGUACAAUGAAGCAGCAUCCUGGUGCUGCCCCAGCCCACCCACAUCAGCGCACAUCAGCGCAUGGAACUGAGACCACUGUUCAGCUUCACAUAUAUCCAACGCGUAAACAUAAUGUCUUUUGAAGAUAAAGCAAUGGCUAGUCGUAUUACCUCACCCUCACUAAAAGCUACAGUAUCAGAAUCAGAUCUUCGGAUAAUAAAUGUUGCAUCAAAUGUGGAUCAUUCUCAAGCAAAUAACCAGACAAGUGUAGUCCUCGGUCCAGUGGCUAUCUUUUGGGACAUUGAGAAUUGCCCUGUUCCAAGUGAUGUACGGCCAGAUGAUGUUGCAGGGAAUAUACGGAUGGCAUUACGGCUGCAUCCUGUUGUUAACGGUGCAGUUACAGUUCUCUCUGCUUAUGGAGAUUUCAAUGCUUUUCCUAGAAGACUCAGGGAGGGAUGUCAGAGAACAGGAGUCAAACUUGUCGAUGUUCCAAAUGGGCGGAAAGAUGCUGCUGAUAAGGCUAUACUGGUAGAUAUGUUUCUCUUUGCUCUGGACAAUCAUCCACCGUCAUCCAUUAUGCUUAUAUCUGGUGAUGUGGACUUUGCUCCUGCUCUCCAUAUACUUGGUCAGCGUGGAUACACUAUUGCCCUUGCAAUUCCAUCUUCAGUUACCGUCUCAUCGGCUUUGAGCAGUGCUGGGAGUUUCGUGUGGGACUGGCCUAGUCUUGCCCGUGGUGCAGGCAGUGUACCCCCCAGAUCCUUAGGGCAUCGUGCUGCUGAUCCUUUAUUCUGUUCUAACAGUGUAACACUGGGGAAAUUUCCUGACAUACAGACUGAAGAGGAGGCCAUUGUUUAUAUGGGAACUUUGAGGAAUGAAUAUGGUGGGAGAACAACCAGCAACCAGAUUAACUGCUAUAACUCUUCACAGGUCACCGGAGAAUCAUGCAAAGCUUUCUGUACUCUGGCGGAUGGCAGUUGUGGCACUGGCACAUCAUCGAGUUCACAUCAUGUAUCAGGUGGUUUGAAUGAAGUCCCAGUGAUAGACCAAGGAUUUACAGGCGAACAAUCAUGGUGGGUUCGUCCUGGUGAUCUUCAAGGCUUGAAAGGUCAACUAAUAAGGUUAUUUCAGUUAUCUGGUGGAUCUGUUCCACUUGUCCGUGUUCCUUCAGAGUAUUUAAAGCUCUUCGGAAGGCACCUGUAUGUAGCAGAAUAUGGAGCUGUAAAACUUGUUCAUCUUUUCGAAAAGCUGGCUGAGUCUUUUGUCGUCAUAGGGAAGGGUCAGAGAAAGAUGAUUUGCCUCCGCAAUUCUGGUGAUAGGAACAUGAAGAAAUAUCCAAGCACACCAAUAAUUUUGAAAAAUGAAAAGAGAUUGAAUGGUACUCUCGAGGAAGGUACGAGUGAAACAUGUCAGCAGUUGAGCAGCUCAUCAGAAGAUCUCUCAGAGGAUGAACAGAACAUUAACCCUGGCGUAGAUGGAACAUAUGUGUUUGAUAGCCAUCUAUACAAGUGCAGAACAGAGGUCGAGGCUCUUCUUGUCUGUUACUUGUCGUGCCCUCUUCCACUCUCCCAUUUUGAGUCCCUGUAUGAGCAACGGUACAAGAAGACUCUCGACUACCAGAGCUGUGGAGUUGAUGGUCUGGAGGAACUGCUUAACAAGUUAAAAGAUGUUGUUGAAUUGAAUUUGGAUGAGACCAGCAACAUGAAGUUCAUCAAAGCCAAGUCACCAAAAUGUAGUGCCUCAAAGCCAUGUUAAUUAGUGGUUGUCUUAAUAUCAGUAGUAUAGUCACUUGAGUACUUCAGAUUUUGUUUCCUCACCGAGCAUGUUUGUCAAGCACUGGGCUGACGUCUAUUUUAAUCAUGUCGGUGCGAUAGGUGCAGUUGCACAGCAAAUGCUUGUAAUAAUAUCUCGUUCUGCUAAUCUAAUCUAAUAUUCCUAGAUGGUUGCUUCAUUUA